AUGUAUCGAUUUGUUCUCCAUUUCCUUGCAGUAGCUCUACCAGCUGCUGCUUCUGUGGUACAUACAUGCAGGCGUCUCAAUGCUCAGAUUCCGGGCCGUGUCUUCUACCCAGACAGCGCAACAUACAAUUCGUCCAUUUCUUCCUAUUAUAGCGGGCAGGAACGCGAGUUAAAUCCUAGCUGCAUUUUCAGACCUACGAGCACAUCUGAAGUGUCUCAGUUUAUCAAAUUGAUUACUGAUUGCGGAGAUGUCAAGUUUGCUGUUAGAGGUGGUGGCCACACUCUCUGGACCGGAGCCGCAAAUAUUGAUGAUGGCAUCACGGUCGAUAUGCGUUCGUUGAAUGGUUUGGAUUUGAGCAAGGAUCACAAAAUCGCCCGUCUUGGCGGCGGUGCAGUUUUCAGUGACAUCUACCCCAAGCUCGUGCCUUAUAACCUGACCGUUAUGGGAGGUCGCGUUCCAGGUAUUGGGGUAGGUGGUUUUGUUACCGGCGGUGGCAUCACAUUUUUAUCACGCAGACACGGCUACAGCUGUGAUAAUGUCUACGGCUAUGAAGUUGUUCUUGCGAGCGGUAAAGUCGUCUAUGCCACCGAGAGUUCUUAUCCCGACCUCUGGCUCGCCCUGAAGGGUGGCUCUAACAACUUUGGCAUCGUCACUCGAUUUGAUCUCGCAACAUUCCCACUAGGAAACAUGUGGUAUAGCGAUCUCAGUUAUAACUACACUGACAGUGUGCUUUCGGCACAUGCCAAAGCCUUCAGCGACUUCAUGAAGCCCGCCAACUACGACAGCGCUGCCAUGAUGGGAGUGUUCUUGUAUUAUACAGGUCAAGGUUUUGGUGUCUCCGACGCCAUGUGGUACGUUGAAGAUGUUGCAAACCCACCCGUUUACGACGCCUUCACCAAGAUCCCCAACCUGGGUGGCACAUCGGAGCUUGCCACGGUUGAUAAAGUCGUGGAAACGUUUGGUGAAAAUCUUCCUGCUACUACAGGCCGAUCAUAUCAACUCACCUUAACUUUCCAAAACCCUCCUGCUCCCAUCUACACGGAGUUGUUUAAAAUUUGGGAAAAGCGCAUCACUGCUCUCGCCAAUGUCAAGGGCCUCUUCAUUGAGUUCCUCUUACAACCCCAGCCGGUCACUAAUGGCACCAAUAUGUUUGGUCUCACCCCUGGGAAGACCGACGAUGUGCUCAUCGAUAUGACGGCUGCCUACGAUAAUGAGUCUGAUGAUGCAUUAGUCCAAUCGGUCAUCAACGACAUUGUCAAAAAGCAAAGAGCAUUCCUGAGAUCUCGUGGAUAUCUCCUCGACUUCAUUUAUCUCAACUACGCCGAUAUUUCACAGAACGUGCUUAGCACGUGGGGCAACAAGAGUCUCGCCAAACUCCGGGCUGUCAGCAAGAAAUAUGAUCCCAAAGGUGUGUUCCAAAAGAAAUCUCCCGGCGGCUAUAAGCUCUUCAAAUAA